AGUUUUACAAGUAGCUUUGUCAGCAGGCACCAGACAUGAUGUUUCCGUGCAGCGCCUUACCGCCACCUCUCUACCCGGACCUGCUGUGCCCUCCGGCCGCUCUGACCUCUCCUCUCUCCCGGUCACUGCCGUCCGGUUACCGCGUGGAGGAUCUCCUACGAAUUAGUCAGCCAGCGUACAGCUACAUACAGCGGACGUUCUCGGUCGCAAAUCCCGGAGAAGUCCUAUCGCUGAGCCUGGGUCCGGGCGCCUCACCCCGGGCUUUGGGACCCAGCACAGCACGCCCUGCGUUUCAGAGCUCCAGCCAGCCGAACCACAACAGCGACCAUCCACAGUCUGCCUGCCCCGCCUCAAGCUGCCUCAAGUUCGGCGUUAGCGCCAUACUGGCACCGUCCACACAGAGUGGUUGCUCUUCUCCUCCUGUCCACAGUUUGCAAACUAAAUCGUUCCCUCUACCAUUCCUGGAUGCAAGUCUCCAUCCUUUCAUCAGAGCUUCCUGUUUCACAGCUUCCUCCUCCUCAGUGGUGCCUGUCCCUGGAACCUUUUCAUGGCCCCUGGCCCCCAGAGGGAAGCCCAGGCGGGGCAUGCUACGACGUGCCGUCUUCUCAGACCUCCAGCGAAAAGCCCUGGAGAGAACGUUCCAGAAGCAGAAGUACAUCAGCAAGCCAGACAGGAAGAAGCUGGCCUCUAAACUGGCACUCAAAGACUCACAGGUGAAGAUCUGGUUUCAGAACCGCAGGAUGAAAUGGAGGAACUCUAAAGAAAGGGAGCUGCUGUCGACCGGGGGCUGCCGCCAGCAGACCCUUCCCACCAAAACCAACCCCCACCCAGACCUCACAGAUGUACGCAGCACGUACUGCCCCAGCAGACGAGACAGGACUGCAGCCACGGGCCAAGAACAGCUGGAGAGCCAGCAAUCACAUCUUCACCAUCACCACCACCACCACCACCACGGCUCUUCUCCAUCACAGUCCAGCAGUGAAGAAAUCACAGUUUCGUAAGAACUUUUUAAAUCAGCGUUUUUGAACUCCAGGUCUCCAGGACUGUUAUUUGGGAACGCUGAUGAAAGGUGUAAGAAACGCCUGACUAGAGGUCAACAUCACAAGUGCUUCUGUUUCCUUUGUAAAUGGCUGUGUUCUAUCAGCAUCUACUGAAAGUCGGUGCCAUAUUUCUGUACAGAGUUUUUGUAUAUGACUUUUUA